AAAAGUUUGUUUGACAUUACUUGAAGAUGGUCUCAGUUUAUAUUAUUUAGUGUAAACAAGUAGACUAGUGUUUUGUGUGCAUCUUUGUACAAAUAUAGCUAAUAUAUAUUCUGUAUUGUGCAUGAUAAGCUAGGCAAUAUAAGCAUUACCAGCAGUUUUGUUUCUGUUCUACUGUUGUUUUCUAUGCCUGUUUGUCAUUCAUGAAUUCCAAACACAUUCAAUGCUAUUUUUUCUAAUUUAAGGGGAAAAAAAGAAUAAAGAAUAUAAUAAAGAAAAUGAUUUUCAAAGAAAAUUAACUCAGCAAAAUUGUCAUCCUGGCCCCUCAGGUGUCAAUUAUAUCAGACCUUUCUGGAAAAUCACUUCUUAGAUAUUGCCACCAUGUUGUCAUGGAAAGUAUCUGAUUAAACUCUAACUGUUUGGAGCCUGACGUCUCAUUUAACCUGUCCUGACACCUCCUGGAGCCAGGACUAACCACAACCCACAAGAUGGAUGGAUGAAUAAAUGAAUACAUGGAUUAGAGGAUGAAUGUGUUUCCCAUUCUCUUCCAUGUGUAUGACUCCGAACAAAAGGAGGUUCUUUCCUCUUCAUUAAGUUAAUGGAUGUACGGCUGAUGUACCUGAGCAGCAGGUAAGACAUGCACAGAUUUCAGAGCCUGAGGGGCUGAAUCAAUCUCCACACACAUGGACUCACUGGCUCCUUCCUUGUUUGUCUUUGGUCUUAUGUGACAUCUCUUUAUUACUGCUGGAUGCAGUUAGUGCUACAGAGACAGCCCCAUGUGUUUUAGGUGGGGUUGGCAGCGCCAUUUCUAAUAAAUUACAGAUUUGUGCAAGUUCAGUGUCAGAGGAACUUCAGGAGAGGUGAUAUCAGGACUGGAAGUGAGAUUUCUCGCUGAUUCUGGAGAGUUUAGCUGUGCUGCGUCUGCCAUCCAGAUCCACAGUCACUGGAACCAGCAAUGGCUCCUCUGAGGUCUGGAGCACAGGGACUGUCUCCUGUAACUCUAUGCUGUGUGACACUGGCUGUUUGGCUGUGUUGUGGCGCUCAAACUGAGACUUCUGUGCUCAACCUGAAGCGUUUCAUCGGCUGUGCAGUCAGAGAAUUUACCUUUCUGGCCCGUAAGCCGGGAUGCAGUGGGCUGCACAUCACCACUGAUGCCUGCUGGGGACGCUGUGAGACCUGGGAAAAGCCUGUCCUGGACCCGCCCUUCAUCGAGUCGCACCAGCGCGUGUGCACAUAUAGCGAAACUCGAUUGGAGAUGGUGCAGCUGCCAAACUGCUCAGCAGACGUGGACCCGUCCUACACCUACCCCGUGGCCCUCCGCUGUGACUGUGGGGUUUGUCUCACUAGCACCACUGAAUGCAUCACUUCGGUCUGAUAUGCUGGAGAAAUCAGCCUCCACUUAAAACACCAAAGAUGUGCACUGCAGGAAUAAAAUGUAUCAAAAAUCGAUCUGUUUGAUGUCUAUGUACAUGUAGGAGAGAUUUUACCUUUAAAUGGUCACCUUAUGUUACUUUCUCAUCUUCUUUGUACCUUCCUCCUUUUUUUCCUGAAAAGAGCAAAACUGAAUAAAACUGCAAACACCACACCUGUGGUCUUGUGUCGUA